AGCGCCAAUAAUAUGUUGUCAAAACUAUGUUUAGUGAAGCAAGAUGUUAUCAAAAUCCUUGCUUUCUACAGUCUGUGUGCGUGUUUGAGCGCUCAAAAUGGCGUGGUAGCGCGCUAACAAAACUCGCAUGCUUUUAGGCCUACUGGCUACUGCUUGGUUGGUGGGUUUGCCGCGAUGGCUACAGAUUACAUUGACAGCAUUGUUGGUAUGGCAACACAAACAUUUGUGUCGGACAUGCAAGUGAUAAACACGAACGGUGGCGGAGCCGCACAACAGGCUUCAGCCGUGACCAACCUGGUGGCCGUUCAACCUGCGAACCAGCAGCAGCAGCAGCAGUCCACGACGCCUCAGGCAAAUCAAGCCCACAGUCUUCACAGCACAGUUAGCACGCAGGCAAAGAUACAGACAGCAACACUACAGCCGAGCGGACAACAAGUGACCAUCAUCACAGCGGCGCCGCAACCGCACACACAACCCCAGCAGGCUCAGCAGUUUGUCACUGUUGCAGACGGCAACAGUGAGAACACGGGUGACACGGUCACCCUGCAGAACGUGAGCACGAGCCAGCCCGCCAACCUGUAUCCCCAGGUGCAGCAAGUGCAGUACGUCGAAGCCACCGAUCCAUCGUACACCGCUGCGAAUGGAGAGAUGGCUGCGACGUACUACAGUGACUCUACGGGUACGAUGUACACGUACACGCCUGUCACCACGGCAACGUACUAUGCGACGAACACGCCUGCUGUCACCAACACCCAGCAGCAGGUUCCGUUGCCGGUGACGCAGACAGGUUCCGUACAGAGUCCCCAGGUAGUAACAUACCAAGGUGGGGGUACGUAUCUAGUUCAGGGUGGCUUUAUGGACAACCAGGGUCACCCACUGACACAUACAACACGAGCCUCACCCACUACCGUAAGUGUCCGAGCACAGGACUCUGCUCACACAUUGUUGUCUGUCUCUCCGGAACAGAUACAGUGGUUGUUGGACAACUACGAGACGGCAGAGGGUGUGAGCCUGCCACGCAGCACCCUCUACAACCACUACCUGCGACACUGCUCCCAGAACAAGCUGGACCCGGUCAACGCCGCCUCGUUUGGAAAGCUCAUCCGCUCCGUCUUCUUGGGGCUGAGAACGAGGCGACUGGGAACGAGGGGAAAUUCAAAGUAUCACUACUAUGGCAUACGGAUCAAAGCCAGCUCACCGCUAAAUGCCUACUCUGACGACGUUGGGUAUAUGGCGAUGCGUCAGCAGCCAGUAAACCAGGGCAAAAGGUUCAAGUCGGUGAAUGUCAAGUCGGAAGGGCAGGGUGAUUCCCAGCAGGGCAGCAGUCAGAGCUAUCAGCAGAACUCCGCUGCCAUGGGACAGAAUGAUCAGCACAGGCAGUAUCUGGGAGAGGCGAAAAGCGAAUUCCCAAACUUCGACUGCAUCGACUUUGGCAAUUCCGUAUUGCCCGAGGAGUCGACCGAAGAAGACCUGAAAAAUUUCCAGUGUCUUUUCAAAGAGCACUGUGAGUCUGUGUUGGAUGUUGUCUUGAACCUCCAGUUCUCAAUGGUCGAAUCACUGUGGCAAGGAUUCUGGAGAACCGGGCCUGAAAUGGACAGUGACUUUGAGGAGCAGCUUCCCAAAGACAAGCUGUACGCUCUGUGCAAGUCUGAGGUGAUUCAGAAGUACGUGCGCACGUGCGACUACCAGAUGUACCAAGCACUCGUGGAAGUGCUCAUUCCAGACGUCCUCAGGCCCAUUCCAAGUACACUUACCCAGGCUAUUCGCAAUUUUGCCAAGAGUCUAGAAGGCUGGUUGUCGGCUGCCAUGCAGGGAGUCCCCGAAGACAUGAUCAAAGUGAAGCUCGCCGCUGUGAACGCGUUUGCACAGACGUUGAGGCGUUACACGUCGCUGAACCAUCUUGCGCAGGCAGCGCGCGCCGUCCUACAAAACUCUUCACAGAUAUCACAGAUGCUGACCGAUCUUAACCGCGUCGACUUCAACAACGUACAGGAGCAGGCGUCGUGGGUGUGCCAGUGCGACGAGCAGACGGUCACGCGGCUGGAGCAGGACUUCAAGCUGACGCUGCAGCAGCAGAACUCGCUCGAGCAGUGGGCCAUCUGGCUCGAGGGUGUCGUCACGCAAGUGCUGAAGCCACACGAGGGCACGCCGAACUUUGCCAAGGCCGCUCGCCAGUUCCUGCUGAAGUGGUCCUUCUACAGCUCGAUGGUGAUCAGGGACCUGACGCUGCGCUCGGCCGCCAGCUUCGGCUCGUUCCACCUCAUCCGGCUGCUCUACGACGAGUACAUGUUCUACCUGGUCGAGCAUCGCGUUGCCGAGUCGUGCGGAGAGACACCGAUCGCUGUCAUGGGCGAGUUUGUCGGCAUGGGAACCAAUAAGUUGAACAAGCUGAUGGGAAAAACGCUUACGACUCUAACAAACGCUAGCUCAUCAUCUGUUGGUUCCCCUUCGACAGCGGUAACAUCUGUGACACCAACUAACAACAACUCCUCCCAUAAACAGAUGGCAGUAACAUCAAGACGGGAGCUGGAGAUGCUCACUUCAUGAGGCUAAAGAGACUAAAAGACCAGCUAAGUAGAUGGCACUGCACACAGUAUAGAUGUUACUGUGUGUAGAAGCGUAGAUCCAUGUGACAGACAAGUGUGCAGUGAUAUUGACUUGUGUUCCAUUGAUAAAUAGUAUAUUUUAAACUCAUCCAGGCUUGCUGUGACGUCAGAUGUCUACAUUUAUCGAAUCGUAUCUUCCCUGUGCAUCGUUUCUUUUGAGUGUGCCUGUUGCUAGAUGGGGUGGCUUCAGUGAUUGUGAUCUUUCUUGUGAGUGUGCUGGUUUCAGUAUGAUGGACGACGUGUCUCCAGAUGCUGAGAGUAUGCCAUCUGCUUUAAUUCGCGUUAUAUAUAUAAUGCAGUGAAGUGGCUACGUUAUGAUGUGACUUCUUCCAUGAGUGUAGUGUUCAGUGUACGUCUGUGUUAGGUAAAACGAAUAGGCCUGCCGUGUAUCAUAUCAUGAAGUCCACUGCUCCCCCCUAUAUCCUCAUUACUAGUGAUAUGUGUGAAUCGGAAAGCUCAUUGGCAUCUUGCCAGUUUUGUUAACGGAGGUACAAUCACAGUACUUAACUACUAGUUACCGGCUCUAUGUGUCCUUUUGGAAAUUCUGUUUGAAUCUGGGUAUUUUUAUACAGGCUUUUGUGACUGUUUAGUGCUGUAAUAUAUAAAUAUAAUAUAUCUAUAUAUGAA